GGAACACGUGCUGAUGGUCCAGAAGAGCACUUACCAACGCGUGGUCACCUUUGCACUUUCGUUCUAGCCGAUCCUGGGAAUCGUGGAUGCUCUUCUUUUCCUUGGGUCCCGCAGGAGGUUACUUCCAAAGAAAGCAGUUUCCGACCAAUUAGAAAAGGGAGUGCGGGACGAGCACCGAGCACUUUCUUGUGAUUGGCUCCGCUCUUACCGCUUCCCUGUGCCUUUCAGGACUUCCGGGGAGGGGUUGCUUAAGGAUCUUAAUAACAUCCGCUUGGCGGCUGACGCCGCACAUGUGGCGUAAACCUUUUUCUUGUAUCUUUCGGAGUAAGAGGAAAAAGCGAUUUCUCCUCGUUAUGUUUAUAAAGAUGUGAAGUUUUUGAGAGGUGAUAUACUCUCCUGACCUAUUGCGCUAUUCCUGUCCUGUUGUGCUACCAAUAGUGGAAGAAUUUAUGGAAGGAAGCCUGUGUAAGAGAGGUUCCAGACUAUAGAACAUGCUGAAUAGCAUUAUACGUUGCGGUUCACAACAAGAGUAGCAGUGUUUGGGAUCUUUGAACAUACCUUUUUUGCUUGAAGGAAGAUCUUUUUUCCAUUAGAAUCACGAUGGCAAUGGAAGAGCAGCAGCAGCCACAGAAGAAUAAUUUUUACUUGGAAUUACCCAAAGUGGAACUUCAUGCGCACUUGAAUGGAUCUAUUAGUUCUGCUACUAUGAAGAAGCUAAUAGCCAAAAAGCCAGACCUUAAAAUUCAUGAUCAGAUGACUAUGAUUGAGAAAGGAAAGAAAAGAACUUUAAAAGAAUGUUUCCAGAUGUUUCAGCUCAUUCAUCAGAUUACCACCAGCCCUGAAGAUAUAUUAAUGGUCACAAAAGAUGUUAUUAAAGAAUUUGCUGAUGAUGGUGUCAAGUAUCUAGAACUGAGGAGUACACCUAGAGAAGAAAAUGCAACAGGUAUGACCAAAAAGUCUUAUGUGGAAGCUGUUCUAGAAGGCAUAAAACAGUCUAAACAAGAAAAUUUGGAUAUUGAGGUGAGAUAUUUAAUAGCAAUAGACAGAAGAGGUGGACCUUCAGUAGCAAAAGAGACUGUUAAACUUGCCAAAGAAUUCAUCCUUUCCUCUGAGGGUACUGUCCUUGGCCUUGACUUGAGUGGAGACCCCUCUGCAGGACAUGGGAAAGACUUUUUGGAACCUCUUUUGGAAGCCAAAAAAGCAGGUCUGAAACUGGCAUUGCAUCUUUCAGAGAUUCCAAACCAAGAAAAAGAAACCCAAGUCCUCCUGGGGCUGCCUCCUGACCGAAUUGGCCAUGGGACAUUUCUCAAUCCGUGUGUAGGAGGGUCACUGGAUCUGGUGGAGUUUGUUAAACAGCACCGUAUACCAUUAGAACUCUGUUUAACUUCAAACAUCAAAAGUCAGACGGUACCUUCUUAUGAUCAGCAUCACUUUGGAUUCUGGUAUGGCAUAGCCCACCCUUCUGUGAUUUGUACUGAUGAUAAGGGUGUUUUUGCAACACACCUUUCUCAGGAGUACCAGCUAGCUGCUGAGACAUUUGGUUUGACCCAGACACAGAUGUGGGACCUCUCCUAUGACUCUAUCAAUUAUAUUUUUGCUUCCAGCAGCACCAAAUCUGAAUUAAGGAAGAAAUGGAAUAAUUUGAAGCCAAAAAUCUUACGUUAUUAAGUUUUGGAGCUAGAAGGGGAAACUCUCUAAGUCACAUCAUGGUCCUUGGCCUGCAUUUGAAACCCCUUUGCAGUCCUACCACCUGCCUUGAAUCAGUGAUUAGGAAAUCCUCUGAGAGUCUAAAUCAGGGAUUCUUAAUCAGUAGAUUAGAACCCAUUGGUAGCUGCAGAAGCCUUACCCAGCUGAUGUCUGGUUUGUCUGCUGCAAAUAUUCACCGCCCACCUCCCACUCCCUCCAAGAGGUUAUCGGAAAGGGAACUAGCCUAGUCAGUAACUUGUACCACAAGCCAUAUUCUCCAUUGCCUAACCAGUAAUCAUAAGGCUUUAGAGAAAUCAUCCUUUUUCCUUUCAUUCAUUCCCCAAAUACCCCAGUAGCAUUAAAAGCAGUUGAUGACAUCUGGAUCUCUCCUAAAAGGCCUGCAAAAAAAGAGAAGCAGCAAUCUCUCAUGGUAAUCUCUCUUGCCCACUUGGACUACCUUAAGGCUUAAGACUCAUUAACAGUUCUCCAUUUCUUCUUCUAAGCUCCCACCCUCUAAGGAAAGAAACCACUGUAAAACAAAUACAUGCAUGACUACUUCAACAGGAGCUGGGACCAAACUAAUAAAAACUAUUAAACUGGAGGAAGAAGUAACCAAGUAGGAUGAGAUAGAGGCAUACUUGUUUUGUUGUCUAGAAAUUCCACUAUCAUUUGGCAUAUGAAAGAGCUACCUGAUACUACCUAAACGUCAGCCAUGUGAUACCCUUCUUUCUCCAGUAAAACCUGCCAUCAUGUCCGGUGCUCCAUUUUGCUCUGCUCAGAUCAGAGUUGCUAACUUCACAUCUGGUGUACAAAGCCAUGACCAUAUUUGGCCAUAAUUUCUUAAGGAUCAUUACUCUUAUUCUUCAUGCUUCCUUGUAGUCACUAUUAGCUGCUCAUUUUCUCCUAACAGUUUACAAAAAGUUUGACUUAAGGAAGUUUUUCUUGGAGAGUUGAAAUAGAGUCAUGAAGCUUUCCCCCGGCUGCCCCCCCCCCCAAAAGUCUCAAAAGCAGAUCAGGUGUCACUAAGCCGUACACACAGGGUAUGAGUGCUUAUAUACAUUGGUUUCCUUAAUAAUUUGUUCCCCAAAACAACAGGUGAAUAAAUUAAAUCUUAAUUAAAAAUUAUUUGGUGAGCUAUUUCAAGGAAG